AAGGUGCUCUUAGGGUAUCUCCUCUGAUUAAAGGAUGAUCCUAGCGUAUCUCCUCUGCAUUGUGCUCUGCUUGGAGGUGUCAGUGCAGAACCUGUUUGCUGUAGGGAGCCUACCAGCACUGCAGCCGCCUAGACAGUUAUCUAACUUACUUACUUACUACACACAAUCAAUCCCCACCCCUGACAAAACACAUCCGCAUUCAACUGCAUACAUAUACACUCAUACAAGCUUGGGCAGAACAUGGGAGGGGAGACAGCACAGGUCCUCAUACCCAUAGACAUAGUAUACUAUGUCUAUGCUCAUACCAGCCUGGGAUUCCUCUUUCAGCCAAAAGGGGGCUGCAAGUAUGACCUUUAAAUCGGCUUUUGCUGCAACCCAACCCUCAACUACCAACCAACUAAACCCUCCCACUGGAAGUAUCCACAAUACACACUAUGUCUGGGACUCCCACAUUGAUCCUCAACACAGACCUACACCACAUGAUCUCUGCACAUACAAGGAAUCUGAGGGCGAUCAGAGGACCUUACUUUAUCUGAAGAAAGAGAAGAACCUCAUCUUUGGAUAUGCCACAGUGGUUGUCCGGUGUAAAGAGUUGCCUGGGUGCCAAUGUUUACACUGAGGUUCCAGACGGUGGAUGGGGCUGGGUGGUGGCUGCGGCCUUUUUUCUGGUAGAGGCGUUCACUUAUGGAGUCAUAAAGACCUUCGGGAUCUUCUUGAAAGAUCUCAUGACUGAGUUUGACGAGAGUAACAGCCGAAUAUCAUGGAUCCUCUCCAUCUGUGUUUUUGUCAUGUCAUUCACAGCCCCGCUGGCAUCUUUGCUGAGUAACCGGUUUGGGUUCCAGCCAGUUGUGAUGGUUGGAGGACUUCUUAUUUCGGUAGGAAUGGUGACGACAGCUUUUACCACUUCCGUAAAUCAGAUGUACAUCACCACAGGGAUUAUAGCAGGAUUGGGCUACUGCCUCACUUUCCUCCCCACCGUCACCCUCCUCUCCCAGUAUUUCUGUAAGCACCGGUCUGUGGUGACCUCUAUGGCUUCUACAGGGGAGUCGGUCGCCAUUUUUACUUUUGCGCCAGCAUUUACUGCACUUAAAACCAAAAUUGGCUGGAGGUACACAAUGGUAGUGAUUGGACUUCUUCAAGGUACAAUCGUCAUGUGUGGAGCCCUUCUUCGGCCCAUAAUAAUCAAGCCCUCACCAUCAGAUAAGAGUAGUAAGGAACAGCUGAAGUCCAAACAGGAAGAUGCAAAACAGAAUCUGGACCAGGAACAGCUUCAUGGUUCCGUCAGCUCAGGGGACUCUGGUGUCCAGUCAGUAGAGGACCCAGAGGUGGGUGGCCAGAUCAUGGAGAAGGAAGAGAAAAAGGCCCUUUCUCCAAAACCCAACGACAAGCCAGGGAGGCCCAAGCUCCUAGAUCUUUCCGUGCUGAAGGAAGGAAGCUUCCUCUGCUACUCUGCAUUUGGCCUCUUCGCCACGCUGGGCUUCUUCGCACCACAGCUCUACGUGGUGGAGCUGAACGUCAGCCAGGGCGUGGACCGGGACAAGGCGGCGUACUCGCUCUCCAUCAUGGCCAUCGCCGAGAUCUUGGGACGCCUCUCCAUUGGCUGGAUGAUGAGUUGGAGGCGCCUGCGGAAGAUCUACGUGCUGUUGACGUGCGUGCUGCUGCUGUGCCUGGUGCUGGUGCUCUUUACGCUGGUGAGCGGCUUCUGGCCCGUGGCCGUCUGCUGCAUGCUCUACGGUUUCCUCCUGGGCAACGUGGCGUCCACCCACAUCCCCAUGCUGGCUGAGGACGACGUGGUGGGCAUCCAGAGAAUGGCCUCGGCCGCGGGCGUCUAUGUCUGUAUACAGAGUUUUGCAGGCUUGGCUGGACCACCGUUAGGAGGUGUGUUGGUGGACAUCACAGGCAACUAUGGCUCUGCAUUUUACUCCUGUGCUGCGGGGAUGGCACUGGGAGCCUUAUUUCUUGGACUGGUACGACCAGCAAAGAUGGGCAAGCUCUGCUGGAGGAAAACAGGCCAGCAGCAGCAGCAGAAGAGUGCGGUUGAGAAGGAUACCUCAGUGAGGGAGAGCUCACCAGAAGACUUUGUUGAAGAGGACCUUUCCCUGAACACGAGACCAAAUGACUGCUAAUCAGAAAGUGAUUGGACAUCGUCAGGUGAAAACAGGAAAUGCUGCUUACGCGCAUCAUUUGCGCAACAGAUUACCUACUAUAUUCUCAUCAUCGGGGGAGGUUAUGAAACAUAAUUACUUGAUUAUUAAAACUUGAUCAAUAGGAAUGUACAAUGAUGCAAUAGUUGAUUACAUUACUGUGAUUACAUGGGACUCCAGACGAGAUAAUCAAGAUGACUAAUAAUAAUCAUGAUGAUGAACAGCAUACUUAAGGAAACUGCAUUUUUUUAGGUUUUUUUUUUUUUUUAAGUAAUAUAUAUUUUUUUUUUUUCUGGUUUUAUUUCUGAAGAGGUCAAAUAUGGUCCAAAAUAUAUAUUUGAAUUGAUUUACAUGUGCCUACCAGUAUUUUUUAACUGUUCCAUGAAUUGAUUUACUGUGCGACACUAUUAUUUUUUGUAUACUUUGGUUGGUGUUUGGACCAAUGUGAAUAUGAAGAAUCCUAACUACUACCUUUAGAUCCAUAAUAUAUGGAGAUCUAGUCAUUCUAUAUAUUUUUAAGGCUGAAUGCAUUAGGAUUCUGGCUCUCUUGUCAAGCUUGAUGAAUAUGACAUCAAUAGCAGGCCCACUCUGUUACACACUGUGAGUGCUGGACACUGAGUUACUCGGGGGCACAAUCCUUAAGCCUCUGCAUGGCCAAGUGCCCACAAUUCAAGCCAGUCAUAUUAAUGAUUUUACAUAUGCAGAGUUCUUCGUGGGAGUUUGAUUGAGAACAAAAGCCUAAUCAAAUUCUUUCUGAACAAGAGAAAUACCUUUUAACUAUAAUUAGUCUUUAUAAUUAACUUAUAAUAAGUCUUUCAGAAUUCUUUAUACCUAUGACCUCCACUGUGAAUGGAAUGCUUGCUAAAACCCGUGGGGAGACAGAACUACUGUGAUAACUGACCUUCAAAAAGCUUCUUAUACCUCAUGCCAAGUGUUUCAUUAGAGAACACUGUGACUGUGAUCCUAUGACCUGUGAUUAAUCAGCUUGUUUUCCAUUGACGGGAAAAACGCCAGGUACUGUCUUUCAGCUGGUUAUGAACUGAGAAUUUGCCCUUGAAAAUUUCACUUCAACUGGAGUUAAUUUGAAGGAACCUAGUUGUACCUAGUGUAGUGUAGUUGUACCUAGUGUAGUGUAGUUGUAUCUAGUGUAGUGUAGUUGUAUCUAGUGUAGUGUAGUUUUAUCCAGUGUAGUGUUUUUAACAGUGUAGUUUUUCAUUCCCUUCCGUGUUCUCUUCAGCUCAAAUUGUAUUGUGAUUUGAACUGAUCCUCAACUCACUAUUAAGACCAGGAACAUCUCAGAGGCAUAACCACAUAAACUAAAAGUUUGGCUAAUGAAAGUUUGUUCAGUGGCUCAUGAAGGCCAAUUUUGAUGCAUUUUGAUAUGCCCUAAUGUCACCUGUUUGAAGUGUUUAGAGUAAAGAAGCAUACAAGAAGCACAUUACCAAAGCACACUGAACACCGUUCAUACUCUUAUUAGCACCAUCAACACCAUUACCAAAUAUUUGCUACUGGCUGAAGUGUCACAUCUUGUAACCUAAAAAUACAAGUGUUUCCUGAAUGCAAUAUCUUGCUCCUGGGCCAGGUGUAGCAGGAGCCAAGACGUAGGAACAGAAUAUGAUCAAUCAGUGGCUCGGACCAAAUUUCAAGACAGUUACAAUGAUCAUGCAAUUUCUUGUUACCUGAUUGACCGGGUAUCAAGAAUACUAACAGGGUACUUAGGGACUUUGGGAGCAUUGCAUUACCUGAAUGUUUUGCUUUGGAUAAGAGCAUUUGUGUUGUUCUUCAUUGGUUCGAAAAAGUAUGGAAGAGUAAUGAUGAAUCUAUAUGUGUAUGUCAAUGGUGAAAUACCCAGGAACUGCACAUUUGAUAUACAGUAAAUGUGAUAUUUUGUAAGAAUUUAUUCUAUGAAUAAAACAAAUAUGAUACA